AUGAGUGGGACCUGUAUCCAUGAGCCCCGUGCCCCUUCCCCUUCCCUGUCAGGCUUCAGCACCCCCAUCUCAGAACCCCCCUAUCGAAGACUCGAUGGAGACACCCCUGCUUGCACCCCUGAAACGGACCUGACCCCCACACAGUGUGUCCUCCGUAACGUAUUGUCCAUUGACACUGGUGGACAGGUGGUGCCGGGCGGCAGCAGCCCCACUCCCAGUGAUGGACCCUCGGCCCACUUUGACAACAGCGUGCUAAAACUACAUGAACAUGAGGCCUGCCAGUGUGGCGGUGGGGCCGAGGCGGGGCACAGUCCAGAGGCUGGCGCUGUUCGGAGCCAGUCAGAGAACAUUCGGCUACAAUCAGGAAGUGGAGGUUUUUUGGAGGGACUGUUUGGAUGCCUAAAACCAGUCUGGACCAUGAUUGGAAAGGCCUACUCCACUGAACAUAAACAUAGCCAAGAAGAGUCCUGGGAGGUUCCUUUUGAGGAAAUCUCUGACCUGCAGUGGGUGGGCAGCGGGGCACAGGGGGCUGUUUUCCUCGGCAAGUUCCACGGAGAAGACGUAGCAGUAAAGAAAGUGCGGGACAUCAAAGAGACAGAGAUCAAACACCUCCGCAAACUCAAGCACCCCAACAUCAUCACUUUCAAGGGUGUGUGCACCCAGGCUCCUUGUUACUGUAUCUUAAUGGAAUACUGUGCUCAAGGCCAGCUGUAUGAGGUACUGAGGGCAGGCCGUAAAAUUACCCCGUCCCUCCUGGUUGACUGGUCCAUGGGCAUUGCAGGCGGCAUGAACUACCUACACCUCCACAAAAUCAUCCACCGAGACCUCAAGUCCCCCAACAUGCUGAUCACACACGAUGACCUGGUGAAGAUCUCUGACUUUGGCACCUCAAAGGAGCUAAGUGACAAGAGCACCAAGAUGUCCUUUGCCGGCACUGUAGCCUGGAUGGCUCCUGAAGUAAUUCGGAAUGAACCAGUUUCAGAAAAGGUGGACAUCUGGUCCUUUGGAGUGGUGCUGUGGGAGAUGCUAACUGGGGAGAUCCCUUAUAAAGAUGUAGACUCGUCUGCCAUCAUCUGGGGCGUGGGAAACAACAGCCUUCAGCUGCCCAUACCUGAAAGCUGCCCAGAUGGCUUCAAGAUCCUCCUCAGACAGUGCUGGAACUGUAAGCCCAGAAAUAGGCCUUCUUUCCGUCAGAUCCUUCUUCAUCUGGAUAUAGCAUCAGCUGAUGUACUGUCCACUCCACAAGAAACAUACUUCAAGUCUCAGGCUGAAUGGCGAGAGGAGGUGAAGCAGCACUUUGAGAAGAUUAAAUCUGAGGGCACUUGUCUCCACCGACUCGAUGAGGAGCUGAUCAACCGACGCAGAGAGGAGCUCAGGCAUGCUUUGGACAUUCGUGAGCACUAUGAGAGGAAACUGGAGAGGGCUAACAACCUCUACAUGGAACUCAGUGCUGUCAUGCUGCAGCUGGAGCUCAAAGAGAAAGAGUUGCAGAGGAGAGAACAGUCUUUGGAUAAGAAGUAUCCAGGUUUAUUCAAGCACCAUAGCUCCAGACAGAGCAGCUCCUCCAACUCCAUGGACAAACUCAUCAAGAAGAGAAAUGUCCCACAGAAACUGCCCUCGGGAAAGAGACCAGACAUCCUGAAGUCUGAGGUAAUCAUUCCCAAAAUGGAUUCCUCCGUCAUGCAAGUCACUAUCCCAGCCUGCCCCAACAGAAGCUCCACUUCCCCCAGCCGGUCUCGGAGGGUAAAGACCCGCCAUCGCAAGCCUGGUAAGGGCAGCAGUGGGGACCUGGCUGGACUUAAGGCGACUCAGUCCUCCCCCAACAGGGACACAACUGCCCAAGCUAACAGUUCUACCACUAACACCUCCAAGCAGCUCCUGGAGCCCUCUGCAGCCCUGCGGGGCCUCAGCCACGAGCAGCAGCAGAGGCAGCUAUCCUCCUCCAGCCCUGACCUCAUCUGCACCACACUGGAAGCAGAAGGCCAGGGCAAAGGGGAGCCCUCUGUAGGCGGGCUAGAGAGAGGGGGGAGCCUCAGUGCCUCUGCCGGCUUAGGGGGGUCAGAGGGAGGGGCAGCCGGUCUGGAUGACCUCACAGAAACUCCUCCACGCAGCGACACUCCCAGCGAGGACGCGGCUUCGUUCCCGUUCUCCAGCAGCCCAGACUCACCGUGUGGGAGGGGGGCGGCAGCAGGACGAGGAUCUCUGGGAUCUCCACGCCUUCCUCACGACGGGGAGGACAAAGAGGAGGGAGCUGGUGCUGUGAGGUUGCCACGGGGGGCUUCAGGGGGAAUUGGGAGUCAGCACCUCACACCUUCAGCCAUUCUGUACAGGGCAGCUAUCACACGCAAACAGAGGCGUGGAGUGUCAUCAGAAGAGGAGGAGGGUGAAGUUGACAGUGAGGUUGAGUUACCACGGAGACGGCGUCCAACUAGCAUUACCAAGUGUCAGUCGGUGUCUACGUUCAGUUCAGAGAACCUGUCGGUAUCAGACGGUGAGGAGGGCCACACCACCGACCACUCUCACAGCGGUACUCCUGACGUGGUCAGCACCAACACUGACGACAGGUUGGACGACCGCAGUGACGACCUCCUCUCUCAGGGGUCGGAGAUCCCCGCGGACAACACCGAUCCAGCACAGGCUUCUGAUGGCCUGUCGGAGAGAGACGGAGCACUGGGGCAGGGCAAAACUCAGCUGGACGCUGGGCAGAAUCCUAAUGAGAGUCGGGCCUUGUGUGAUGAUUCUGACUGUGACAGCGCUGAGUUGGACCAGUCAGGCAGCGGAGAGCCCAGCCGUCCUCCCAGUGCUGGAGCGUGGGUACCGCCAUCUCAGCCCUAUCAGGGGUACCCACCGGCACCCCACACAGGACCUCCAUAG